GCUGUGGACAUUUUGACUUCUGGAUGAGUAGAGAAAAUAAAAUAAAUAAUAUGCAGUUUCAGAGUGAUGGUCCAUACGCUCCUGCUAAAGGUGUGGCAAUCGACUUGGACUCGCAAAGUGUUGUGGCGGUGUCGAAAGGCUACGGCGAUUGUGAACGAGGAGAGCAAUCGUCAAAGAAGUGACGGCAGGAUAAGAGCGAGAGGAGAGAAAGAAACCGGCAUUUUGAAAGGACAUGCGCCGGGAGUUUUCGUGAUGGCGAUCCCAACUGGGUCACGACCUCAGUCGAAAAAUGUCAUUGCCCGACUCGCAGACGUCGAAGGCAAAUCCUUAGGGCCCCAGUUGGACUUGCCGCAUGAUGUGGGGCCUCCAGAACUGGAGGUAUUGCUCAACAGCCUUCUACAGAAUGAGGACAAGCUUCCUUACACAUUCUACAUAGAUGACAGGGAGCUCGUCGGCGAACUUGGUGCCCAUUUGCUUGAGCACAACGUGUCAGUUGAGACCAUUCUGAAGAUCGUGUAUCAGCCCCAAGCAGUGUUUCGCAUCCGACCUGUAACUCGUUGCUCAGCCACCAUAUCUGGUCAUUCGGAGGCCGUUCUGUCCGUCAGUUUCAGUCCCGACAGCACCCAGCUGGCUAGCGGGUCAGGCGACACGACUGUCCGGCUAUGGGAUAUAUCCACUCAGACACCUUUGCACACCUGUCCUGGGCAUACAAACUGGGUCCUUUGUAUAUCAUGGUCACCUGAUGGCGCUCUCCUUGUAAGUGGAGGCAUGGAUGGGGAUCUCCGGCUGUGGAACCCCAAAUUGGGGAUCGCUGUCGGAGGCCCUUUGAAGGGGCAUAAAAAGUGGAUAACUUCCAUUGCGUGGGAACCGGCGCACAUCCAGGUUCCUUGUAGAAGGUUUGUUAGUGGGAGCAAAGACGGCGAUGUUCGGAUUUGGGACACCGCAGUGAGGAAAUGUAUGGUCACAAUGACCGGACACACAUUAGCCGUGACUUGUGUGAAAUGGUGCGGCGAAGGGCUCAUUAUUUCCAGUUCCCGCGACUGUUCCAUCAAUGUGUGGGAGCCGUCCCAAGGGAAACUUGUACGCCAGCUGAAGGGUCAUGGUCACUGGGUGAACACUCUGGCGAUCAGCUCAGAGUUCGUCCUGCGCACUGGCCCGUUUGACCAUACAAAGAAGAAAUAUAAAUCCGCAGACGAGAUGAAGGAAGCUGCACUUCAGCGGUACGAGACAGCCAAGGGAUCGGUACCAGAGCGCAUGGUUUCUGGGUCCGACGACUUCACCAUGUUCCUCUGGGAACCUACGGCGAGCAAACAGUCAAAAGCUCGAAUGACAGGCCACCAGCAGCUUGUCAACCAUGUGUACUUUUCUCCGGAUGGCAGAUGGAUUGCCAGUGCUUCUUUUGAUAAGUCAGUCAGGUUAUGGGAUGGGUAUUCAGGCAAGUUUGUGGCCACUUUCAGGGGACAUGUUGGACCUGUGUAUCAAAUUAGUUGGUCUGCGGAUUGCCGGCUUCUGGUGAGCGCAAGUAAGGAUAGUACUUUAAAGGUGUGGGAUAUGAGAACCCGCAAGCUGAAAGAGGAUCUGCCCGGACAUGCAGACGAAGUCUUUGCCGUGGACUGGAGCCCGGACGGGGAAAAAGUCGCGUCUGGGGGCAAGGAUCGCGUAUUGAAACUCUGGAUGCAUUAACUCUGAAAUUUUUAAUGCAUUCUCUUUUGCAUCACAUCAUCUUCUGCUGUUGAGAUUGGCGGAAAGGAAAUAUCGUGUUGUUCUUUUCUCACUUGGUUGGCAAUUGUUGCAGCUGUUGCCCUUGUGGCCCUUGUCUGUUCUGUUGUUGGGUGGUACAUUUCCUAUACAAAACUCCGUCUCUGUUUCUCUCUCUGUCUCUGUUUCUGUCUCUAUCUCUGUCUCUGUCUCUCUGUCUUGCGCGUGCGUGCACGCACCCACACCCACACUCUCUUCUCUCUCAUACACGCGUACAUACUCAG